AUGGCGUCCGAAAUGAAGAAGGUUCCCAUUCCUCGCAACGGUGUCGACUACCGGGGUAAAAUCGUUCUUGCGCCGAUGGUACGCUCGGGGGAGCUUCCCUCCCGACUCACGGCUCUACACUAUGGUGCUGAUUUAGUAUGGGGCCCCGAGACGGUGGAUAGAUCCUUAAUCGGAACGACGAGGCGCUUCAACCCCGAGACCAAAACCAUCGAAUGGACGAGGAAGCCGUCGCAUGGCACCAAAACCCCACUAGCCGACAUAAAAGACAGCCUAAUCUUCCGAAUCCACCCGGAGAAGGAAGGCAAGAAACUAAUCUUCCAAAUCGGCACCUCGAACGCAGAUCUAGCCGUCCAAGCAGCGCGGCUCGUAGCCGCCGACGUCGCGGGCAUCGACGUGAAUGCUGGGUGCCCCAAACCCUUCAGCACACACGAUGGCAUGGGGGCCGCUCUUCUGCGCACCCCUGAUAAGCUAGUCGGUAUUCUAGAAGCGCUAGUCCAAAACAUCACGCCCGAGUUCGAGAUCGGAAUCAGUGUAAAAAUACGGAUCCUAGAGACAGCUGCGGAGACGGAAGCGCUAGUUAGAAGACUCGUCGCGACGGGAAUAACAGGGCUAACAGUGCACUGCCGAACGACUCCCAUGCGACCCAGGGAGCGCGCCAUUCGCGGCCAAUUACGCAUGAUCGCCGACGUAUGCCACGAAGCCGGUGUCGCAUGCCUAAUGAACGGGGACGUAGAAACCCGAGACCAAGCGCUAUCUCUAAUCCACGAAUACGGCGUCGACGGGGCCAUGAUCGCGACGCAAGCCGAGAAGAACCCCAGCUGUUUCCGGAGCGCAGCAGACGGGGGCAUACUAUCAUGGAACGAUGUCGUGGAGCAGUACAUCCGGUACGCGCUCGAGGUGGAGAACAAAUUCGGCAACACCAAGUUCCUGCUCUGCCAGCUCGUCCCAGGAAAGCAGCCCGCGUAUCGCAAUAUUAGCACCUGCAAGAGCUACACCAAAGUGUGCGAGAUGCUUGGCUAUGAACACCUGAUAGAGCGGGCCCGCGAGGUCGAUAUUAACCUAGACAUUGACCCAGACAACGCGGGAAAGAAAGACAAGAAAGCCAACAACAGUGCGCUCGCUGCAGGGGGUAACAUGGCUGAGUCGCGAGCGAAGCCCCAACCUAAGAAGGGGUUGGCAGAACGGGGUGUAAACUCGCAGACAGAAGCACAGUCGGCUGAGGCGAAGCCAUUUGGGGGUAUGGCGGUGCCCGUUUAA